AUGUCGGCAAGUGCAGGGACCCCAACAAGUGCGCCAAAAGCUAUGUCUUCCAGGCUUUUGACGAUGAAAUUCAUGCAGCGUGCUGCUGCUUCAUCACCUACAAAUACUUCUCCUUCUUCAAUAGAUGAGCCAUCACCGAAGCGACAAAAGACAGCACAAAACACUCCUACAAAGUUCAAUGUCGACACCUUAGCCGAUAAUCGCGCGAUUCAAGCCGCAAUAGUGGAAGAAGAAGCCAAAAAGCAAGCCGCAUUGGAUCGAGCAGCCGUUGAAGCAGGAGAUACACGAUGGGUUUUAAGCUUUGAGGGAAGGAAACAUCUCAAUACUCCAACAAAUACAUUACGGGUAGUUCAAACUGGUUUCGCAAAUUUAGACCAACCUUCGCCAAUAAAAGCAGAACGUGUUGAUGAUGACGAUAACAAUUUUGGAGAAGAAAAACCAUUCAUGGUCGGUCGAAGGAGUUUUGGAAAAUUCAAUAAAGUUUUGGAGAAACAGCAAAAUCCAGACAUAGAAUUUACAUCAUCAGAAGAGGACGAGGAGAGCGAGGACGAGGAAUCUGAAGAUGAGGAUAGUGAGGAUGAUCCAACAGGCGCAAAGGAACUGAUAAAAGCCUCGAAACAUGAAGCAAUAAAACGGCUCAAAGAGGAACGUAAAGCCAAGAAGAAGGCAGAAAAGGCCGACUUGCUAGAGUUAUCGAAAAAGAGAAAGAAGAAGCAUGUCUCGCUGAAUGGGCUGACAUCUCUGUCUGGCUCAGGGGGGGGCUCAUUUGGCUCAGGAGGUGGAAUCAAAUCUGAUAUAAAAUGUUAUACGUGUGGAGGAAAUCAUAUGGCGAGGGAUUGUUCAAAUCCAAAGAGGAAACACCAAGGAGAUGGGGGCCCCCCUAGAAAAUCUCAAAGAACAAGAUAA